GGUUUUUCCACCCAACACACAACACAACAGCCUACCUGUUUUGUCUCACACGCCAGCUCCUCCCUCGCUCCAUCCCUCCCUCCUCUCUUCUCUUCUCUUCUCUUGUUGUGCCGUGUGUGUCUGUUAUAUUCCUAAAUCAAACUCUUUUCUGUUACAGUUCAGUCAUUACCAUCAAAAGCUAGCUAACAAAACUAGAAGCAGUUUCCCCAUUUAUAUACAGAACCCACAUCAACAACAAGAACUGAGCUAACUCCACAAGUCUCCCUUCUCAAAUCCACCUAUCAUUGAUAAGCUCCAAGGACAUCAAGUAAAGUUCCCUACUUCCUGGAACGAUUUAUGAUCCUUUCCCAUUCACCGAAAGGUUCCUUCUUUCUGAACUCAGCCUCCUCCAAGGAUCUAGUUCAAAGCUAAAGCUUUUGGCUUUUAAGUUCUUACCAUCACUCAGCAGGAUUGUCCUCUUCUUAUCAUCUCUCUCUGUUCUCUGUUUCCUUUAUUGGGAAGGGAUACUUGACGGGUGUGUUCUUUUUAGUUGACAAGUUCCUUGGAGAGGGUAGGGAAUGGAAGGUUUUGAUUUGUUUACAAGGGGAUAUCUAACUCACUUCCCUAAAAGGGAUUCCGAUUUUGUUGCUACCCUUUUGGUGAAGUGCUUCUUACCUUAACUGGGAUCUCUUUGUUGGAUCUCUCUAUUUGAGCUUCGAUCUGCUCGAGAGACAAACUUGCCUGUAUUCGGACAAGGUUUAUCUCACACACACAAGGUGUUCGAUCCUUUGUCUCACUGAAGGAUCGAGCAUGGCAAUGGAGGAAUGCAAGGAUCAUGGGAGACUCAAUCCAACAACUAGGCCCUUGCCAUUGAGACUCCUCCAGUUUCUCCUGCUCUUUCUAGCAUUUGGGCUUGGAAUUUCAGUUCUCGCCAUGUUCAUGACUCAAUAUUUCGGAGCUCAAACUUUACCAGCUGCUUUUGCAAGGCAAAAAGUUGUGGUGCCGUCUCCUUUAGGUUUGCCAAGCCUCAGAGAAGAACCACCGUAUUCAUUAGAGAGGUGGGUUAGGCCUCCAGCUAAUUUGAUGCAUAGGAUGAAUGACAGUGAAUUGUUGUGGCGUGCUUCGUUCAUUCCCCGAAUCAGAGAGUAUCCUUUCAGAAGGGUGCCGAAGAUUGCGUUCAUGUUCUUGACAAAGGGCCCAUUGCCCUUGGCGCCUCUUUGGGAGAGGUUUUUCCAUGGGCAGGAAGGUCUUUAUUCUAUCUAUGUUCAUGCCUUGCCACAUUAUGUGUCCAACUUCUCGUCAUCAUCAGUGUUCUACAAGAGACAAAUCCCAAGUCAGACAGUAGAGUGGGGCAGAAUGAGCAUGUGUGAAGCCGAGAGGAGGCUCCUGGCAAACGCCCUGCUUGACAUCUCCAAUGAAUGGUUCGUCCUAAUCUCCGAGGCAUGUAUCCCUCUCCAAAACUUCAGCAUCGUAUACCGCUACAUAUCCAGAUCUCGGUACAGCUUCAUGGGCUCAUUCGAUGAACAAGGUCCAUAUGGAAGAGGACGCUACAAUCCGAACAUGGAGCCCGAGGUCACACUCAACCAAUGGCGUAAAGGAUCUCAAUGGUUCGAGGUGAACCGCAAGCUCGCCCUCCACAUAGUAUCAGACACCAAGUACUACCCUAAGUUCAGAGACUUCUGUCGACCAUCGUGUUAUGUCGACGAGCAUUACUACCCUACAAUGUUGAGCAUCACAGUGCCACAUCUGUUAGCCAACAGGACGGUAACGUGGACAGACUGGUCACGAGGCGGACCCCAUCCAGCUACAUUUGGGAAGUCCGACAUUACCGAGGAGUUCUUCAGGAAACGGUUUGAAGGACAACAGCAGCCAUGCCUUUAUAACACCCAGCCGACGACACUGUGCUUUCUGUUUGCUAGGAAGUUUGCUCCAAGUGCUUUGGAACCUCUUUUGAACUUACCAUCCAAAGUUUUUGGUUACUGAUGUUACAAAAGAGUCCUCUGGUUAGUUUAGUUAUCAGACCAGCCUACAUGAACUCUUCAAAUUAUAGAGAACUGAACUGAUUGAGCUAUCUUGGUUUUAGGUUUUGUGUCUUAUAAGAGGGGUUUCCUCUCUCUUUCUUGAUGAUGUCAUAGCAAAGUCAUUAUGUAUAAAAAUAGUGUACUUUUGCCCCAAAGUGAGAUGGUGUUUACAUACAAAAUAUUGGUUUACAACAGUUUUACCAUCUUUCAUCUAUAGAAGUUCUGUUUUUUUUUUUUUUUAGCUCUAUAGAAGUUGUGUUAAGCAGAC